AUGGAAAUCCAUCUCCUGUGUUUCAGAAUCGCUCUACAAGAAGAUCCCGAUCCGAUACCUGCUGAGCUUGGUGAUGGCCCAGGAGGAGUACGCGGCGAUACGCGGCUCAUUGUUACGGUGUGCGACGGCACUGUUCCCUACAUGUGGCCGACGCGGGAGAGCAUCGAGCUGGUCAGGGUCGACGCCGCCAGGGAGGGCCGGCCGGUGCCACCGGAUGCUGAGAUCGAAUCCACGCUUUCUGGAGAACAACACGCGGCGGCUCGGAAGAUGUGCAGGGACUUGGAGCAGGCUUCCGCGGCUGAAUUGGCCCGGCUUCUGCCCAUCAUCGUCCGCGCCAGCAAGAAGUGCCUGCCGAAGGUCGUGCCGGCUGCCGAUUUUUCGGAGAGCGGAAGUCUGGAAACAUCCCUCAUAGCCGAGCCAAUCUGCCGACUCUGGGCCCGAAUCGAAGCAAUUGUGCCGAGGGAAUUGAUGGAGCAAACCCUCGCCUCGUGGCAAUUGACGCCAUUUUCGGUGGCGCAAGCCUACGUGCAGCCAUGCCUUGUGUUUAAUGUCGACAAAAGAGUUUUCGCCUCGCCACCGCACUUCCAAAUCCUGCUGAAGCUGCUGUCCUUCUUCCUGGAGGCCGCCCGCGCCGAGGAGGAGCGCAUCGUGCUCCGGGCCAACAUGAAGACGAACAAUAUGUAUGAUGAUCAGAAGAGAAUUUGCGACGAGCGCGAUCACCUGUUCGUUGUGCUUGACCACGCGCAGCGCGCCGCCUCCGUGCAGCUGCUCAUCGAGAUUUGCGACUCGGAGAAGAACACGAAUGUCGGCUGCAUCGAGCGGUUCGAAUCUGUUCGCCAUCUCGCCUUCAACUACAUCCACAGCAUCUUCAUCCGCGACAUGCAGACCUUCCCGCUCCAUAUGAUCCGCCCGAUCGUCGACGGCGUCCCGUCGAUGCACGUCGCCCAGGGCUUGAUACAGGAAAUGCUCUCGUUCCCCGACAACAAGCGCCGCAUAUUCACGGCGAUCCUGAUUGUCGAGAUAUUUAAAAAGUACCGCGUGGAGAUGACGUUCCCGUUCGUGCAGUCGAUGCUGAACGCGCUGUGCACGUUGCUGCGAUACGGGGGCCGGGAUCAGGUGCUGCGCCUCUUCAACGGCAUCAUCGAGGAGCUCGGCGAGUUGGCCAUGACGUACCCCGACCUGAAGCUGUCCAUCAUCCGGAUGUUUGGCCAGGUAUGCGCAAUCGCCGAGUCUCGCCUGUGCCUCUACUCGACGCACAUCAUCUCCGGCAAGGCGCUGGAGCGACGGCUGAUUCGACGAAUUGACGACCAGAUCCGUGUUCUCAACGAGCAAGUGCCCUUUGUGUUG